GCUAGUCGAUGUCUCGAACGGUCGGUUUCGUUGCUAACAACGCAGCUAGAACAAUGUCUACCAUUACACCCGGAAGUAAAAUAGACCCGAAAGAAUUGUUCGUUGGAAGCGACCUAUCAGAGAGAUACGUCAAAUACCGUCCUAAGUUACCAGUGGAACAUGUUAAAACUAUUGUGGAACUGCUCGGAAGAAGACCGGAAGUCUGGCUUGAUGUAGGAUGUGGACCUGGUACCAGUACUCAACAGAUUAUUGGUCACACUGACAAAUUAGUAGGGAUUGAUGUAAGUGACACACAAGUAGCAGUCGCCAACAAAACGUUCCAACAUCCUUCUUUAUCUUUUGUUCAGGGUUCGUGUGAGAAGUUGCCUGCUGAAGACUGCUCUGUUGAUGUGAUAACAGCUGUCCAAGCAGCACACUACUUCGACCUACCGGCGUUCUUCAAAGAGGUGGGUAGGACCCUAAAGAGCAAGGGAGUUGUGAGUUUGAUCUGUUACCCCGACCCUCACUUCCCCACUUCGCCCACCCUCACCUCCGCUCUCGACCACAUCAACCACACCUACCUCCGUCCUUACUUCCCUGAUUCCCGCAGCCACUACUUCUCCACCAAGUACUCCAACAUCACCCUCCCCUUCACCCAGCACCACCAGCACUCUCUCCAGAUAGGACUCCCUAUCUCCUACCCUUCUCUUCUCGACAUCUUAUCCACCUGGUCUGGCUUCCAGAACUUGUGCGAUGAGAGGGAGAUAACCCUGGAACAAGGAGUCCAUGUCCUGGAUCAGGAGAUGGCUGGGUUCAUGACUGAGGAGUAG